AACUAAAAGAUUAUAUAUGAGUUAGUAAGUUUGAAUCAGUUCAUUCAUAAAGUUGACAAACAAGUUGGAAGUACGGUUUUUAUUUUUGAAGCGUAAGAGUACAAACAUACAUAUUUAAAUACAUAUUGUGUAGAUCUUUAGAUGACACCAACACAAAAAAGAAACUUUUAAAAUUAAUUUUAUUAUUUUAUUAAGAAUUAUAAAUAAAAAACAAUGGCGAUUAAAAAAUGGAUUUUAUCAAUAGCUAUAUUAAUUGGAAUUACAACAAUAAUAGAAGCCAAAUUUGGAGAUAAAUUAAGCAUAAAAGAGAAGGAUUUGAUGCAGAAAGCCAUUGUUUUUGAUAAAAAAACACCAGAUUUAUUUUAUUGUCCAACACAGAAACCAUCUGCGAUGAACAAACUUAUCGUUCGAUCACGACCUCUUCAUAAACUUUGCGAAUAUGAAGGCCGACAACUCCCAGACGAUUAUAAGUCAGAUUGCUAUGAAGACAUAGAUGAGUCCAACUACGCUUGCAAAGAAAAAUAUAGAAUAAUGAUGCGAAAAUAUCCCCCCGGCAGCGAAGAACCUUUCAAUGGCACCCGUUUACAUAAAUUUAUGAAAAUGGAUCUUUCUAUAAAUACCAACAGAAUGAAUAAAUACUAAAACAUUUGAAUGAUGCCAAAUGUUUAUAUAAUUAAUAACAUAAAAGCUAACAAUACUAAGACUAAGUGGUAGCUUUUCAGGGAUUAACAAUAUAUGUUUUAUUGAAAUUUCUUUCUCAAAUUAAUUUUUAUUAUGAGGUUAACUUUAAUCUUUAGUUUUGUACUUAUUAAUAAUGGUAUAUUAUAUGUAGCUCAUUCUGACCGAGCCAAAAUUAUUAAAUUUCGUUUCAAAAUUAAAAACGAAAUCUUAUCUGUGGUUUUGUUAAUUUCACUUUUUAAAUUUUGAAUACUCAUAUUAAUGGGUUAUAUGAACAUUAGACUGACCGGAUCUUAUAUGGGAAGAAUAAAAUGUCGGAAUAUUGUUCGUCUUAAUGAUAUUCAGAUAGCCGAAAUUUGAGCUCGAUUAAAAGACGUUAACAUGUGCCGCUCGUCGCUCAAAGUUUGAAAAAAUCCAAAUUUUUGGCCAAAAAGCUAACAUAUGAAGCUAUAAGUCCAGAACGGUAAAUAAUAGAAACACGCUUAGUACCUCAAAACAAAGCUAAUAUUGUACUUCAAAACGUAUAUUAUAUAUAAUUCUUGUUACUUUAUGUCAAACGGAGUUACAACAUAAACGUAACCUGGUCGCGGCAGUAGAAUACUUCGUAUAUUUUGAUAUUAUGUGAUAAAUGUUGCUAUUAGGUAAAUAUUUUACAUAUUUAUCACAAUGUACAUAGAUUUACCCCCAUUUUCUCAAUGUCUGAUUAGUAUUUAUCCUAACGAUAAAUUUACAGUUUUCAUACAAAAAAUAUUUUAAUCGGCAGUAUAUCUACCAGUUAAACGAUAAUAAGAGGUUGAGAUAAUGGCCCUUAAUAUUUAAAAACGAUGUAAAACACAAAAAUUGGUUGAAAAAUAUAAAAGUUAUUAAAAAUUUCCCAGGCCAUUAACGUGUCUCUGAGCACUUGAUUAGGAAAUGUGGAAAAAAAUUUAACCUAUUUUGGAAAAUAUUCUAAUAAAACUAUUUUAUUACAUAAAAUAUAUCUAUAUUUACUCGAAUAUAAGUUUUUGUCCUUAAAAGAUAUCGAGAACCUGUUCUCAGUUAUGACCAAAAGAAAUAAUUUUUUACACGGCAGUUUCAAAACUUCAUGUUCAGUUUUUUUAAAUCUUUGUUAAACAAAUUUUAAAAUUUUUGAUAUAUCACCGGGGGAUUUAUGGUCAAUAGAUUAAGGAAUAAAACAGUGAAAAAAAUUAGGUCAAUACCUCCUAUAGCUUAGCUGUACCUGCGAUUUGAAUUCUGCAAAUUUCGCGAAAAAUUAUUUUUUUUUUGUAAAAUUUUAAAAAUAUGUCCUAAUUCUUUACUAUUAUACAUUUUAAACAAAAUAUUACGUUUUAAAUAAUAUAAAAUAUAUCCCUAAAGUUAUAUAUAAAUCGGGAAAUCCUAAGUCGUAAACUUUGGAGGUCAAAUUUUGUAAUAUUUGGAAAUUCUCAUUGAAACAUAUCGAAAUAUUAUUUAUUUCUUGGCCAUAUUAACUAAAAUUAAAGGAAUUUAUAGUAUAUGGUCCGAUAUUUAAAAUCGGAAAGGGGAAUCAUUUUGUUGAGUUAAGACGAACAAGAUUCCAAUAUCGACUUUUUGCGGUCACUCUAAUGUAUAUACAUAUAUGAUGUAUAACUUUUUAACUUAAUUUCAAUUAAAUUAAGCAAAAUUACUUAAUUUCAGAAUUUAAAAAUGAAUUACUUAAUUUCGUUCGGUCUAAAUGGUCUACAAGAACAAAGCAGCUUUGAUUUCACCAAGUCAACAGAGUAUACUUUUCAAGAUUUCUGAACCAGAAGUUAGGAAAAAGAAAACUUUUUCACUGCAAUUGAGACGUUAUAAUAGCGUGAAUUCAUCUUCUUUUAUAAAUUUUCUUAUAGCUUCUGAAAGAUAUUCUAUCAAUUGCCUUGCAAAUAAAGUUUUAACCUCUGGUAAUAUCAAUUAUGAAUGUGUUCAUUUUAUAUUAAAAAUUCUGUUUAAUUUUUUAACGAAACCAUAAUAUACAUCUUGAUGUUUUUUAAGGUGCGGCUUUAUUCCUGUUAUUUAUUGGUAAUCUGAACGUAAAAUCUUAUUAAACUUAAAAAAAAAAAUUCCUAAAAAUAAUAAUAAUAUUAAUACUAUUUAUUAUUAUUCAUAAUUAUUUUAAAAGAAAAUAUUACUUUUUUAUAUACAUACAUAUAUUUUAUAUUUUUUAACUCAACAACACUAUAUACCAGAUUUUACUAACAUUUGAUUUUGAUCCCUAAUAAAAAUUUUAAAUAAAA